CAAGUUCCCAGCCGGAAUCGGCCGCAGGGUCCAGCUCCGGAGCCGCUGCCGCCCGCGAGCCCGCCGCCUGCGCGCUGAAGCUCCUCAGCCCGGGACCAGGGAGACACGCACAAGGGCGAGACCAGGGAGCACAGCUGCCUACACGAUCACCUUUCUGCUGCCAAUUCCAGAAGUUCCCCACGCUUUUGGGAGAGUGUGACUUGCGUUAUCUCCACCCGCUGACUUCAGCAAUAGUUCGUCUUUCUUUUUCUAAUUCCUUGGGCCAACUCUGUGACCACGCCCCACACCCUGCUCCCUGCCCUUUGCAGGGUUUUGGUGCCUGAAAACCACCCUCCGGGUGUGUCCGGUUGAGUGGCGAGAGGAGGCAGCAGGAGCCUGUGGUCUCGGCGAGCGGCGGCAGCCAGGCCCGGGUGGGGAGGUCACUAUGUCCACCAAGGCGCCCAUCUAUCUGAAGCGUGGCAGCCGCAAGGGCAAGAAGGAGAAGCUUCGGGACCUGCUGUCCUCAGACAUGAUCAGCCCGCCGCUGGGGGACUUCCGCCAUACCAUUCACAUCGGCAGUGGCGGUGGCAGUGACAUGUUCGGGGACAUCUCCUUCCUGCAGGGCAAGUUCCACCUCCUUCCAGGGACGGCAGUCGAGGGACCCGAGGAGGAUGGCACCUUUAACCUCCCCUUCCAGUUCACCCCCGCCGCCCUGUGUGGGCAGGAGCUCCCCGAAGGGCCGUCCCCUCUGCUCAAGAACGCCAUCUCCCUCCCAGUCAUCGGUGGGCCCCAGGCCCUCACGCUGCCCACAACCCAGGCCCCACCCAAACCCCCUCGCCUGCACCUGGAGACCCCUCAGCACUCCCCACAGCCUUCCCCGCAGGAGGCAGGGAGUGUGGACAUGUGGAGAAUUCCGGAGGCGGGCUCAGCCCAAAAUGGGCUGACCCCUGAGUCGGGGGCUGAGGAGCCCUUCCUGUCCCACGCCAGCUCCCUGCUCUCCCUGCACGUGGACCUGGGGCCGUCCAUCCUGGACGACGUGCUCCAGAUCAUGGACCAGGACCUGCAGGUCUCCACAUAGGACCGAGGCGAGCCAGGCUGGAAGCCUAGGCUGGGGUGAAUGCCGGGAAGCGCGGGGGACAUGGCCCUGGCCUACAAGUCGGGAUCCCAAGUCCUGCUGGUGUGGUCACUGGCCAGAGAUCUCUCACUCUGAGCCUUUGUUGGCCUCCCUCCCCGCUCUCCCCAUGGGCAGAGUGCAUCUCACUGCUUUCCCAUGAAACCCACGAGGACACGUGCAGAACUCAGCCCAAAGGGCCCUGAGCAUGUUGGGCCGCCUGGGCCCCCACUACCAACGGCUCCUCCUUCCCUCAGACCUCUUGGGUGAAGGCUCUGCUGAAAUGGACUCCCCUUUCACCUCCCUUCUGCCUCAGCCCCCUCGGAUGCCCUGAUUGGGGGGCAGGGAAGAGGCAGGGCACAGACCUUUGGUGUCAUGUCCUGGACGGGAAGCAUGGCAUCAAUGACCGAAUGGCCCUCCACCCCAUCCCCUUCCACAUGACCAAGGGUUCUGGUCGCAAUAAAACUUGCUGCUGCUCAUA